CGGGUGGCCGUGGCAGGAGGGUGCUGGGGUGCUCGGGAGCACGGGGAGGGGGACAGCCCCCGCCAGCAGCCCGCUUCGCUCACGGGAGGGGAGGUGGGACAGGGGCGGGGGAACACGGCCGUGCCCCGGGGCUGGGUCCCUGCGCUAUAAAAGUGACUUCGGCAACCGGCUUGGGGAAGAGAAGCAGCCCCAACCUCUGCUCCUGCCUCCCGCAGCCUCACACAGCUGGAGGACCCCGAGCCAAGCCAGGCCCCGAGGAUGAAGGUCCAGGUGCUGACAGCCGCUGCCCUGCUGCUGGUGCAGCUCUCCUCGGCCCCCGCGCAGGCUGAGGCUUGGGGAGGGAGCCUGGAGUGGCAGCCUGGAGCCGGGGGGCCCCCAGAAGCCCCUCGGCCAGGACCUGGUGGGGACACCCUGCCUGGGCAGGGUGCGGAGAGCAGCCACCCCCUGGCUGGAGCAUGGGAGGCACCGGCUGAGGCCCCCCAAAACCCCGGGGCCCCCAGCAAGGCCAUGGGCAGCGGGCAGCAGGACCCCCCCAGCGAGCUCCGCAGGCGUCUGCCGCAGCCCUCCCGCAGCAGGAGCCUGGGGCUGAGCCACCACCUGAAGGGCCAUGGGAAGUUCAACGCCGACACGCACUCCUGCCAUGGCAUCCAGCACCGGCCCUGCCAGAAGCCCUCGGACUGCGGCGGCUGCCUGGGGCUGUACACCUGCAAGCUGCCCGCGGGCACCUGCGGCCUGAAGGCCGUCUCCUGGCAGAGAGGUGGGUUCCUGCGCAGCAUCCAGAGCGCCGGGCGGCACGCUGGCACGCUCCUCCUGGAGCCACGCGGCUCCAAGUGAGGCUGGAGAGGCCGUCCUGCAGCUGAGACCGAUGUUUCCUGCCCGAGUUUCAUUUAAAAUCCUUAAUUAUACAGCUGUAAAUGUUUGUUUUGCUGUG